UUACAGGUGUAUAGUGACUGAUGUCUCCUUUCCCGCUUCUUCAAAGUCGCCAGGGCUGAUACAAGAUGGCGGCUGAUUAGGAGGUGUAAUGGCCCCUUCAAGGGAUUCAGUGGCCUUUUCUAAGGGCCUACUAAAUGGGCCCGGCCAAAACAACUGUUUCCUCAACAGUGCUGUACAGGUCUUAUGGCACUUGGACAUCUUUCGGAGGAGCUUUCGCGAGCUCUCUGGUCAUACAUGUAUGGCUGAAUCAUGCAUAUUCUGCGCUCUCAAGGAGCUGUUCGCGCAACUGCAGUUCAGCCAUGAGAGCGCCCUGCCGCCGGACGCGCUGCGCCGAGCACUCGCCGAGUCGUUCCUGGACGAGCAGCGCUUCCAGCUCGGCCUCAUGGACGACGCGGCAGAGUGCUUCGAGAACAUCCUCACCAGGAUCCACCUGCACCUGGCCUCCGCCCAACAGGAGGACAUGUGCAGUGCGCCCCACUGCAUCCCCCACCAGAAGUUCGCCAUGACUCUCGUCGAGCAGAGUGUGUGUGGCGCGUGUGGGGCCACCUCGGAGCCGUUGCCAUUCACACAGAUGGUGCACUAUGUCUCGGCCUCAGCGCUCACAUCUCAAGCCAAGCAGGGAGCGUCGUGUGCCUCCCCUGACUUGUUCGGCCAAUUGCUCAAGAAAGCUGGAGGAAUGGGUGACAUCAGAGAUUGUCCCAGUGCCUGUGGUGCCAAAAUUCAAAUCCGGCGGACAUUGACCAAUUGGCCCGAGAUCGUCUCGGUGGGCGUGGUAUGGGACUCGGAGAGGCCCUCAUUGGAUCCAUUUUUAUUUAUCCUCACACAGGUGGUCGAAAAAUGCCGCCGUGGUCGCUACCAGCCACUCCUGCUUCUCUUUGCCACACCUGAGGGCACGCCCCUCGACACAAGCUCCGCCCCCAAAGCGGUGACACGUGCCCCCAGGGCAAGCCCCGCCCCUGGCCACGCCUCACAGGGUGGAGUCAACUCGGCGCUGCUGGGAGGACGGCGGUCGCUGACUCCGAGUCCCGAGAAGCCAACGAGUCAACUGGGUGUGAUGAAUCAGAGGAGGGCUGUCACGCCCAAUCCUGAGCAGAGUCAGGACGCUGGCAGAGCGCGUCCUCUAAUCACGACCAACGACUACCAGAACCUCUCUCAUCUGCAAGCGGCCAUGUUCGGCUCGCCAAGCAAGCAGCAGAAGUCGGGACCCCCUCCCGGCCUCACCCUGUGCUACCCUCCUCCUUCCCCCGGCCACCGAGUCGAGUUGCAGCGACGUGAUUCGGGCAACUGGAGUGGCGAUCGCAACAGUGCCUCUUCCUCGUCUUCCACCUCACUCGAGAACCCCUACCAGUACAUCGUCGGCAAGAUGCAGAUGCGCGGCAUCGGUAGCGUACCCCGUAGUCCAACCAGCCUAAAAUCUGGAGAGCUUUCUAGCUCCAGUGGUCACUGUGACCCCGGCUAUGACUCAUACUCUCUCUCCUCCAAUGACAGUCUUCCUCUGCAGCAGACCCUCAAGCACAAUCUCCAGCUGGCUCAGAUUCCGGAAGGACAUCAGUCUCCAACUGGAGUUGCUUCAGACAUCUACUCUAUGAAGAAUGGACUCACCAGUGACGACUGCGAACGCCUGUGUCGCGAGGCCGACCAGCUGCUGGGCAAGUGUGACCUUGAGGAGGACCUGGUGAUGGCACUGACUCUGUGCCAGGCAGCCGCGGGCAAGGCGCGUGCCGCCAUGGAUGCGCCCUACAGCAACCCACAGACUGCCACUGCGGCACGCAUGAAGCACAACACCUGUGUCAUGAAGGCACGCAGCUUGCAUCGCAGGCUCGAGGAGCCAAGACAUCCUGAAGGCCGGCACAGUCGCGAAGGCAGUGGCUGCAGCGGACGCGGGUCCGGCUCCCACUCCCGCCAGAACAGCAGAGACAAGGGCAGUCACUCGCGGCAGAACAGCCGCGAACUGCUCACCAAUCUGUCCAUGCAGCAGACUGCCGCGCCACAGUCGAAACCCGCCAAAACCGACUCACCCAACACCACCCCUGACAAGCAAUCUUCACCCUCCACACACAAGAACAUCGAAAUCUACGCCACCCUACCCAAGAACAAGAAAGGGCUACUCUCUCGAGCCACAAAAACCACCCCUAAAAACGUAGUUGAAGACGAGGAGUAUCUACUCUACGAUCGUCCAGGAAGGAGUCUGUAUGCAAACAGAGGUAGUAGUAAAGGUAGUGGCAAGAAAGAGGUUGAGAAACGAGCUAAAAGCGAGGAAAGGAACGUGAAGAACCAGAAAGACAAAGAGUUUGUUUCGAAUGCCUUAGCUAAGGAGUCUGCCAAGAAUAAGAAUGCGAAACAGGAGGACCCAAAACAGGGUAAGAAGCAGCACAAGAUUAGAAGAAAAUUGUUGAUGGGAGGUUUAAUCAAACGUAAGAACAGAAGUAUGCCGGAUUUAAGGGAGGAUGAGGUGCCUCCCAAAGGUAUAACCAAGGAUGAUUCUAGUUUGGACAGUAAGUCACCUGAAAAACAACCAACCCUCAGUGGCUAUCUGUCUGAGGGACAUCUGGAGUUCUCCGGGAAUCCCAACCUGGAGAGGAGUAAACUUAUGAGAAAAAGUUUCUAUGGUAGUAAGAUGUUGCAUAUAGCGAAGGUUCCUCCUCCACCACCGGUUAGGACUACUUCACAGCUGUCGAAAUCUGAGAGACCUCCGUUUCCAUUGCCGGCGCAAAACAACAAUAGGAUAGAUGAUUGGAUGCUAGAGGCUCAAUCUCUCCCGUAUAUCCCACCUAGUUAUGAGGCGAAAAACAAUGUGGAAGCUGUAACUUAUGCGAAUGGCAUGCAGAUGUGUAAUCAACUGGUGACAACCGCUAUGGUACACCAGGAACAGUCUCCACAGAAACCAGUUGAACGAGAGGAGACAACAGCUGAUUUGAACUCGUUCCCCCUCCCACCAUACCCGUCACCCCUGAACUCUGUGACACACUCACGGCAAGCCAGUGAAGAUUUCCCGCCACCACCCACGUUGGAUGUACUGCAGAGCAAAGAGAUUGAACAGUUCACAAGGUCUAGUCCUGGACCAACACCUGGCAACCUUUUAGCUCAGUUGCAGGAGAAACGUCAGCAAAUUUUGUCGUCGGAAGCUGACAGGAGGGCUGAGGAAACAUACGAGGCGGCCAGAGCAGUAGGAGGGGAGACAUGGCUGAGGGAGCUGCAAGCUAAACAGGCCGCCAUUAGAGGGAAACGUAAUGUGUCUUCCAGUGAUAAGACUACUCACAAUCCUAACAACAAUCAGUAUUCAAGUAGUUCCACUUCGAAACCAGCAGAAAUCUCUCCAGUUUACUACCAUGAAACAAAGGAACGCUCCAGUCCUGUUACAUCUUCACUUCAUGAAGGUAUGAGUGCCAUGCAACAACAGUUAUCAUCUGUGAAAGAUCUAAAAUCUCGUUUUGAACAGAUCAAGAUGAACAAGUUGAAUUCGGAGUUGGACAAGUGUCAAAAGUAUUCACAAAAUGGUGUGGAUGAACAACAUAAUUUUGAUGAGAUUAUCAGUUGUGAUGUGACGGAUGGACAAGAUUUGGAUACAAAGGUGAGUAAUCUGUCGCUGGGUGAUGAUCAGAGACGAAAAUCGGGGAAAAAGAAGAAUGUGACGUUUUGUGAACAGGUGGUUUUGGUAGCGACAGCAGAGGAGGAUGAGGUGGACAGUUACAUACCAAACCCAAUUCUAGAGAGGGUAUUGAGGUCGGUUCUGCAUAAAGACUCGCCCCAGGAGAAUCGUGAGAUAGCCGUCCAGUCAGUUGUGCCAUUAAAGAGAACCGACUCCUUAAAUAGUGGACAGAAAUCGCCGUCAUGGUCAACAAAAGAGCCCAACAAGACUGAUGAGUGCCAGAAUAAGUUCUUUGAAGAUAUCACCAAAGAUGUAAAGGUUAAUGGUGAGAAUAAUUCGAUUAGGAACUUUAUCAAUGCAAAUUUGAAGAGUAUAUCUUCCAACAACCAACAACAGAAUAGUGAUUCUAGGGGGACAGUUGUUGGGAAAGGUUGUAUUCAACAACAACAACAAUACAACCAGCCACAACAGCAGUAUAGUAAUCAGCUGCAAUCACAACCAAUGCAUGGUCAACAGAAUCAUCAACUGCAACAACACAAUCAGUUGCAGAAUCAUCAACAGUUGCCACAACAAAAUGUUCUACAAGCACAACAUGGUCAACAGCAUAAUCAGUUACAAUCACAACAGAUGCAUAAUCAAAUACACAGUCAACAACAUAAUCAAUUUCAAUCACAACAGAUGCAUAAUCAAUUAUCGAGUCAACAGCAUAAUCAGCUACAAUCGCAACAUAUGCAUAGUCAGUUAUCAGGUCAGCAGCAUAACCAACAACAAAUGCAUAAUCAACAUCCUCAACAACAUAACCAACUACAGUCACAACAAAUGCAUAAUCAACAAACUAUCCAGCAGCAUAAUCAACAUGCUCAACUACAAAGUCAGCAGCAUAAUCAACUUCAAUCACAACAAAUGCUUAAUCAACAAGCAGGCCAACAGCAUAAUCAGAAUGUUCAAUUACAAAGUCAACAGCCUGGUACACAACAUAAUCAACCGCUCCCACAACAACAUAUUCAACAACAAUACAGUCAACAGCAGUAUCAACAGAAUGGCCAACAAAAGAUUCACCCAUCUCCUCUCCUUAAUAGGCAACCGACAUCUUGUGCUAUGAACUACAAGAAUCAACAACAGUUUGCUAACCAACAGAGUCCUAGUACAAAUCAGUUUGCAAAUAGUAGUGGACUACCUAAUGGGAUGCAGUCCAACUAUGCACAGCAGGAGGUUGGCAAUCAAGAAAUCAAUCAACAUUCUAAUUAUUCCGGACAACAACAGUUUGAUAAUAAUCAAGCUCUCCAUCCACAUCAGAAUAUCAUACACAGGCCGCCUCAGUCACCCCACCAUCAGCCCUACCAGUAUGUGCACAGUAUACACCAACAAAUGCACCAACAAUCACAAGCGACAACUCAGUACCAUCAGAUGAACGGUUGUCAACAAACUAAGGCACAUAAUUCUCCGAUCUCAACUCAAAGUGCGUUACAUUCUCAGACUGUGGGUUUGCCCCAGCAAUCUCCUGUGAUGGCGAGGCCCAUGCAGAAUGCAACACACGGUUGUCAUGGUGAUCUGAGGAAAAUGAACUCGCAACCUAUGUUGCAGCCUCAGAAUGGGAGCCAGGGUUUGUAUGAUACAAGUGUUCAGGGGGUGGGUCUAGCUCAUCAGCCUCUGAGGCCGACCAACUCUUGUGGCAACAUGCAGCAAGAAAAUCUGUCGAAACCGGUUUCAACUGGUUUACCGGUGAGGAGCGGACGUCCCCAAGCAAUGUACCAACAAGAUCUAUCGCCGCCUGAGUACCAACACCCCCCACCACCCAAACAAAACCCUGCAAGAUCGGAGAUCUAUCAACGGGUUCCCAACCCCUCUGAUCCGACUUAUCAUCAGCGCUACACGCCUAGCCAACAACCAAUCACAAAUCAGCUGUCACACACAAAUGCAUCUCAAAUAACGCCACAGAAUGGUGGAUGUUAUUACCAGCAGUAUGAUACGACUUCAAACGCAUCACCCAGUUACAACCAAAACACAUCUAUGAACUUCCCAGUGGGGACUUCGCAACCUGUGAAAUGCCACCCUCCCUACCAACACCCUCCCCCGCCUAAGAAUAUCCCCGAAAAUGGCAAAGUGACCAAUAAUCUCCCCGCCACAAAUCAUAUGAGGACUACUCCGUGUCAUUUGUGCAGAAAGAAGCAAGUGAUAGCUCCAUCUAUAUACUGUACAGAUUGUGACUUUUACAUGUCUAGGUUCAAAGUGAAAAAUUAGAAUCUAAACAUUUGCAAACUUACAAAAUAUUUUCAAAUGUACCGUCCAUACAUUGUACCCAUUAACACAUUUUCUUAGUGAGAAUAAAGUUUGAAGUGAAAAAUUAAGUGAAAUCUUGGAGAUACAAGAUAGGAAUUCACAACUUGCCAGAUUGGUAAGUUUGAUUUUAAUCAAAUUUGAAUUAUUUUAUUAAUAAGUACCUGAUUAGUUAGUAAGUUGGAAAUUAGUAAGAUGUUGAUGUGAGGUGUUCAUUGUAGUUCGCUCUAUAGAUGCAGCAGCGUGUAGUUUAGGAAUGAUUUAUGUGAAUUGUAAAGUAAUGAAUUGCUUUUGCAAAUUUUAAGAUUUUUCGUGUGGGAAUUGAAAGUAGUGACGUAUUAUUGCAUGGCUCUAUUAUGAAGUAAGUCUCUACUCAUGUGAAAGUUGUAGAUUUUGAUGAGAAAAAAAUCUUGUUGAAAAUGUAUUAUUCUGUAGUAUUGUAUAGUACUACUGUACAAUAUGAAAGGUACAGUUAAAUCCUAUAUUACGAAAUAGUAUUAUUUUAUUAUUAAUUUACUGUACAGUAUUCUCUUAUUCUGUAUAAUAUCAUACAAUAUUGUAUCAUAGGGGCAUUUAUCUACUAUGAAUGUUGUAGAAAACAUUUGUUUUUGUAUAAAUUACUUAGGACUACUACUUUUUUUGUUGUAAAUUUUAAUAAGAUCAAAUCUCCUUGAAGGUGUAUUUCUGUAUUAUAUUUUCAUUAUAUUCACUUUGGAAGUGUAAUUGUGAUUUCAGAUUGAUUUUUGAGAAUAUGACCGUAGACCGUCGCUACAUUUAUUGGGGAAAAUUCUUGGACAAGUUUAAGAUCUCAGAUUUAAUUGUUAGUUUUUGUUUUGGAGAAAGAUAUUGGAAAUAUUAUUGAAUGUUACAUUUGUAAA